UCUCGCAUCAUCACAUCCCGCAACAUGGACGCCGACUCGCCAUUCGUCCUGCGCCCGCUGCGCGACUUUGAAAACGAAAGCCUGCAGCUCGCGGACCUCUCGCUCGCCGACGAUAGCUUUGACGCGGGCCCACAUCCGCUCGGCCUACCUCCACCGGCGCACGCAGCCCCCCGCGCGCCAUUCCGCCCCGCAGACCCGAGUCUCACCGAGAGCACCCACGGCGAGGCGAGCAGAUCGAGUAGAUCGAGCGGGCGCUCGUCUCCUACUCCGGCGCCGCGUCCACGCGGCGAUGUGGAAUCUGAGACGGAGAAGGAGGAAGACGCUGGCGCGCGCGAGGAGCGGCUGCGCGCGUCGCUCGUCGAGCUGCGCCGCAUCAAUGGCGUCAUGGACGGGUUUUUGAACGCGCUCGUUGCUGCGAAGGGGCAUAAUGAGCGCCUUGAAGAGAAGGUGCGGCAGAGCCGCGCCCUGCUCGACGACUAUGUGGGCCUCAUGAGCCAGACGCACCAUACCAAGCAAUUGCUCUUGAAUCCCAAGUGGACGGGCAUGAGCGAUGACGUUGCGGCAUUUCAUGCUGCUGAGGAACGGCGUCUCGCUGCCCUUCAAGCUGAAGAGGAGGCACGGCUGGCCGCGGAGCGGGCUGCCGCUGAGGCCGAGGCAGAGAAGGAGCGCGAGCGUGAGCGAGAACGGGAACGGGAACGGGCGCGUGAGGCUGCGCGCGGGCGAGGUCGUGGACGUGGCGGCUUUGGUGCCAGCUCUGGCUACGGGGCACGGCGAGCUGCCACUGGUAGCACGACUGGGGCAGGAAGAGGGACAGGUAUCCCAACGCGGAGCCGGCCGACAAGCGCGGCGGGCGGGCGGGUCGCGCGGUAUGACCAUGUGCAGAGCAGUGGAUACGGUGCCCGGCCGCGAUGAAGUAUGUAGGGUAUUUGUUACAUGCAAUAAUAG